CAGUUAGAAAGGGUAGCAGAAAAAGUGAAAAUGGUGGGAGAUGAGAAAAGAGGAAUACAAAAUUGCCGCCCUUCGCUAAAAUCCCUUGCUUCGCUCAAUAAUUAUCCGAAAUGGAAACACAAGCUCCGAGAAAAUUGCCUCAAAAGAGUUCGCGAGGAUCGAACGCGUUUGCUUUGGAAAUUGAGAUUACCCGAAGCUAAAUUUUCCAAUAACGAGGAGUUCAUCAAAUCAACUCUCCAGGAUAUAGUUUCCGAUGAACUGAGAAAAAUCAAGGGUUCAUCUCCGGUUGAAGGUUCGGCUCCAAUCUUUGGCGCAGCGACUGAUGACAUGAUAUGGGAAUAUGACGGUCUACAUACAGCUUAUCAAGGCGACUGUGAAGAUAUGUUACUAGCAAUGCAAAGAGUGUUUUAUGAAGAUCUUAGGACAGAGGAAACUAAAAAAGGUGCAGAUGAUUUUAUCAGAGCAUGGGAGGAUGAAGAAGACGAAUACUUGGCUCGUGUAGUAUUUGAUCACAUGCAGCUCAAUAGUGAUCAGGUCGCGGAGGAGGUUUGGUGUCCCAUCUGCAAACAAGGGAAGUUACAGGAAAAUAGCCAUCAUAUUUAUUGCAGUCAGUGCAAAGUCAAGCUAAACAGAGACCACGAGGUAGAUUUGAACACUCUACGGGUGAGGCUGGGUGAAGCUCACACAGAGCAUCUUGAUAAGGGAUGCAGGUUGAAACCCGAUUUCUGCGUCGAUUCUAAGUUUGAUCUGACUGCACUAUACAUUAAGUGCCAAGGCUGCAAUAUGUUCGAGAUAGUACUAUAGCCUGUCACCUAGCAAUUAGGUCCUGCAUAUGGGCUUCUCUCUAUUUCAAGAGGAUCGUGAAAAGAACCCGUCUUUGGUGCUCGGAUUUUCAAUUUUUGACCUAGUAAAUUUUCUGUAAUCAUACUAGUUUCUUUAGGGACGUACAGUGCAGUGAUACACACCUAAAAUACCUGUACAAAUAUUAACUUGGUGACAAACUCCACGAAUGCUUUGAUAAACUGAAAGUCGAACCUUGAAUAAAAUUGGCAAUUCUUUCGGCCUUAA